AAGUUCCUGAGAUCUUUGGGAAUCGAUUUUUUUUUUUUGAAAAUAAACAAAAACGUUUUACUUAGAAAGUUUCAAAGUAUUCAUUUUUUUUUUCUGUGUGUGUGUUCCCUUAUUUGAUCUCUCUGUAAAUGAGCUAAAUCGUUAAUGGCUGCCAUGUUCAAGAAACCAUGGCCGUUUCCUCAAAACUUAACCCUAACUUUCUUCUUCCUCUUCAUCGUUUUACCUCUCCCUUCGUUUUCUCAAUCCGAUUCUCCUCAAAAUAUCGAAACUUUCUUCCCAAUUCCACUACCCUCCCCUGUUUCACCACCGCGUAUCUCACCGUCGUCAAACCCAUCUCCGCCGUCGAAUAACUCGUCAUCUUCCGAUAGAGGAACAAUCACGAAAGCUGUCCUUAUAACAGCAGCAAGCACUAUAGUUGUAGCAGCAGUUUUCUUCUUCUGCCUUCAGAAAUGCGUCGUCGCGAGGCGGAGACGAAGAGACAGAGUCGGACCAGUCAGCGUCGAAAGCAACUUACCUCCGUAUCCUCCUCAUCCUCAGACUGCUGCGGCGGUGGCGACGAGUACGACUUUGGCUAGAGAAGGUUUCACGCGGUUUGGUGGUGUGAAAGGUUUGAUCCUUGAUGAGAACGGUCUCGAUGUGUUGUAUUGGAGAAAGCUACAGAGUCAGAGAGAGAGAAGUGGGAGUUUCAAGAAACAGAUCAUCGCCGGAGAAGAAGACGAGAAAGAGGUGAUUUAUUACAAGAACAAGAAAAAAACAGAGCCCAUCACUGAGAUUCCUCUUCUUAGAGGAAGAUCAUCGACUUCUCACAGUGUAAUCCAUAACGACGAUCAUCAGACGCUUCCACCGCCAAUCUCGGUGAAACAGAGUGCAUCAGUACCACCACCGCCACCGCCAAUUCCGGUGAAACAGAGUGCAUCAGUACCACCACCGCCAAUUCCGGUGAAACAGAGUGCAUCAGUACCACCACCGCCACCUCCUCCGAUAAAGAAGGGUUCGUCACCAACGCCACCGCCACCUCCGCCGGUGAGAAAGGUUGGAGCUUUAUCAUCAUCAGCUUCGAAACCACCGCCUGCGCCGGUUAAAGGAUCAAGUGGAGGAGAGGGUUCGAAACAGGUAAAGCUGAAGCCUUUACAUUGGGAUAAAGUAAACCCUGAUUCUGAUCAUUCAAUGGUUUGGGACAAAAUCGAUCGUGGCUCAUUCAGUUUUGAUGGCGAUUUAAUGGAAGCUCUGUUCGGAUACGUUGCCGUGGGGAAGAAAUCUCCAGAAUACGGCGAUGAUAAAAACCCUAAAUCAUCACAAAUCUUCAUACUUGAUCCGAGAAAGUCCCAAAACACAGCGAUUGUGCUCAAAUCUUUAGGUAUGACACGUGAAGAGCUUGUUGAAGCACUCAUGGAAGGAAACGAUUUCGUGCCAGACACACUUGAGAGGUUAGCUAGAAUAGCUCCGACGAAAGAAGAACAAUCAGCUAUUCUUGAAUUUGAUGGCGACACGGCAAAACUUGCUGAUGCGGAAACGUUUCUGUUUCAUCUUCUUAAAUCCGUGCCAACCGCGUUUACUAGGCUAAACGCGUUUCUCUUCAGAGCUAAUUACUACCCUGAGAUGGCUCAUCAUGAUAAAUGUCUAGAAACGUUGGAUUUAGCUUGUAAAGAGCUAAGAUCUCGUGGCUUGUUUGUGAAGCUUUUGGAGGCAAUACUUAAAGCUGGUAACAGAAUGAACGCGGGUACCGCGAGAGGAAACGCUCAAGCGUUUAAUCUUACCGCGCUUUUGAAGCUUUCGGAUGUUAAAAGUGUUGAUGGGAAGACUACUCUGCUUAACUUUGUGGUGGAGGAAGUGGUUAGAGCGGAAGGAAAACGUUGCGUUUUGAAUAGAAGAAGCCAUAGCUUAAGUCGAAGCGGUAGUAGUAACAGCAAUGGCAGUAACAGUCCUCAGGUUAUGUCCAAAGAAGAGCAAGAGAAAGAGUACUUGAAGCUUGGUUUACCAAUAGUUGGAGGACUGAGCUCUGAGUUUGCAAAUGUGAAGAAGGCUGCUAGUGUAGACUAUGACACGGUUGUUGCAACUUGUUUGGCUCUUACGGUUAGAGCGAAAGACGCGAGAACGGUGAUUGCAGAAUGUGAUGAAGAUGGAGAAGGAGGCAGGUUUGUGAAGAAGAUGAUGGUGUUUCUUGAUUCAGUAGAGGGAGAAGUGAAGACUGCCAAAAACGAAGAGAGGAAAGUAAUGGAGCUAGUGAAGCGUACAACGGAUUAUUAUCAAGCAGGAGCUAUAACAAAGGGGAAGAGUCCUCUUCAUCUAUUUGUUAUUGUGAGAGAUUUUCUUGCCAUGGUUGAUAAAUCAUGCUUAGAGAUUAUGCGGAAUAUGCAGAGGAGGAAGAUUGGUAGUUCGGUAUCGCCUUCUUCGCAGCGGAAUGCGGUGAAAUUCCCGGUUUUGCCUCCGAAUUUCAUGUCGGACAGAGGUAGGAGUGAUUCGGAUUCCGACAUGUGAGAGUCUAGAUUUGUUGUUAUUUGUAAAUACUAGAAUCUUUUUGAGUAUUGAUUAUCAUUGAAAGGUAUUGAAUUGUUGGUAGAUUUGACAGUCCAAAGCAUUGGACUUGAGUAUAAUUUUGCUUGAAGUUGUUUACAUGUUAAUGAACAUGUCUUCUUUAGCUGAA